CUCCUGGUGAACUGGCCAGCACAAGUGCAGCAGCUGUAGGUCAGGAAAACCCAGCUCUCCGCGGGAUUGUCACAUGCUCGCUGUGUUCUAAGGAGGUGAUGGGUGAGGACUACACGCAGCACCUGUCAGACUACCACGCCCAGGAGCGAUGUGAGCAGUGUGGUGCAACGGCCUGGGGACUCAUUGGAUUGUCGGAGCACAUUGAGAGUGCUCACCAUUUGAGCUGUCCAACAGAACCAAUAGAUGUUCCGGCUCCAACAGAACUAUACACAACACCGGCGCCACAGCAACACAGCAACCCACCAGUUGUUCCCGUCCCUGCUCCUGUCCCUCCCAUAGCCCAAGAGACGUCACCGGCGGCACCACAACAACAAACACCAACUCUGCGGCCUCCUCAAGUGAACUGGCUGAGUUUUCUGCCGAAGCAGUUCUUAAAAGUCAUAAAUCAGGCUGACCGGGAGUGGAUCGCACAGAUCCUAUAUGACCGAACAGGACAGCUAAAACAAAAGCACACUCAGAACUGGUACCAUCCUCCAAGCCCCACUAGAUCCACCUCACCUCCAGAUCCACUGCACUACUUUAGGCAGCGGAUGUUCCUGUGGGCUCCAAUGAGGAUGUGGAGCAUCCCUCUUAAAUGCACGUCGUGUAAAAGGAAGAUGCACCACUCUGGCAUUUACACCAAAGUGAGAGAGGUGAUAGAUGUGGACUCCAGGUAUUAUCUGAUAGGUGGAGACUACCCAAGGUGCAGCAAAUGCAUGAUCCCUGUCUGCCCUUGGAGUAGUGAGAUCUUGCAGCAGCUGGAUCCCUCCCACCGUAACAAGUUUCCUGCUGUCCUAACGACACAGCAGGCACUGGACAGGAAGUGUGUCACAAUGUUGCGACCACGCACGGUAGGGAACAGCUCCAGCUACUCGCAACAGGUCUUGCAGGAGGUGCACAGCGAGGAGUGGGCGAGGCGUACUAUCGACUACCUCACUGAUUGUGAGGUCCAUAAAAAGUCGUGCGUCCUCACCCAGUCCGAACCUGUAUAUCAACAGCCACCCACCUUCAGUCGUCUGCCCCUGGCUCAGUGGUUUGAAACCGUCCACACGAAUGAGGUUCUUGGCCACCUGGAGGAGUUGAAAGGUGUUAUAACAUCAACUUAUGGCAGAAUCCUAAAGCUGGACUCCACCAAGAAGAUCACUAAAAAGCUGGCAGGUGGCAUUGAGAACACGGCCACGUGGAUGAGCAACAUCGGCAAUGAACUUGGCCAAGUUCUCAACUCAGUGCUGACCACUGGUGAGGGGGCUGGCCUUGAUGACCUGUGCCAAGGCGUUGUCCGGAGGUACAGGGAUGCUGGUGAGCCGGAGCCAGAUGCCAUAUAUGUGGACAGGGACUGCUGCAGUGAGUCAGGUGUGUUGCCUUCAAUUUGUGCUGGGAUGUUUCUUAUGAAUUUGUUGUUUGAUGAAUAGUUUUAGCAGUAUAUUAAUGAAAUUGGUAAUGUGUUGACUGGAAACAAUCUGAAUUACAUGUAUUUAUGGCGUGUUGUUUAUUAUAGGGGAGAGCCCAGUUCUCACUUGGUUUCGUCCAUGGACCUUCACAGUGAGACUGGAUGUGUUUCAUUUCAUGAGGCGUUUUACCAAUGGCCUGACCACUGAGCACCAUCCACUAUAUGGCACAUUCUGCUCAAAACUUUCCAGCUGCAUUUUCAAAUGGGACAAAGCAGACAUUGAAAAGUUGCAGCAGGCCAAGAGGGCAGAGCUGGUGAAAAAACACCCGGGUCACAAUCCUACCCACAGCCAGGUGUUAGCGAGCAUCACCACCAGCGAACUCGCUAAGCACUGCCGCAGGAAAACGCGAGGGGUUGAGGAGACUCGCGCCCUCAUCCAACAACUGUUGGACUCCAUGUGGGACCUCACAGACACCACAGGGUUGUCGCUCAUCAACCAGGAGAGCAUGUCUCGUGUGUGGGAGGUGCAGCAGAAGCACUUGCCCUGCAUCCAAGAUCCAACUGGUGUACAGUUGUACAUCAACACCGGAUCAAAGUUGGAGAAGGGGGAUAAAGCACUUGACGUCCUGAGAUGUGCCAGAGGGUCCUCCUCUCUCGAGAGCUUUCAUAAGCAUCAAUGCUGUUUCAUCCCAGGCAAGUUGAAACACUUAACAUUUAAAAUCCUUUGUUAAUGUAUUAAGAUGUGAUCAAGCUGUGUCUUAAGUAUUAAAAUCUGCAUUUAUUAUUACACUAAUGUCCAUGUUGCAAUGUAUUUUGAAUGUUAUAUCUCCCUUGUGAGUCGCUUUGGAUAAAAGCGUCUGUUGAAUGACUAAGGCCCAAUCCCAUUUCUACCCCUUACCCCUUACCCUUACC